AUGGAGGCGCUGUGGAAGCAGGCCUCCAGGCUCAAGGAGCAGGUCGCCCGCCAGGGCGUGUUUAAGCAGUUUGGGGCUGGUGGCUAUGGAAAUUCUGAUAAUGCAUUCACAGACGAGUCAGAAGUUAAACUACAUCAGAGAUUGGAAAAACUUUACUUAUCCACUCGUGCUGCCAAACAUUUUCAAAGGGACGUCGUCCGGGGUGUGGAGGGCUACAUAGUGACAGGAUCUAAGCAAGUGGAGAUAGGGAACAAAUUGUCUGAUGAUAGCCAGAAAUAUGGCAUUGAAAACACAUGCACAAGUGGUAAUACUUUAUCCAGAGCUGCUACAUACUAUGGAAAGGCGCGUUCACUGAUAGAAAAGGAACGCGGGAACAUGCUAAAAGCAUUUGGUACUCAGGUGGCAGAGCCUCUACGGGCAAUGGUAAUGGGUGCCCCUCUAGAGGAUGCUAGACAUCUAGCCCAGAGAUAUGACAGAGUAAGGCAAGAAGCUGAUGCUCAGGUCGUUGAAGUUUCAAGGCGUCAAAGCAGAGUAAGAGAAUCAGCUGGGAAUAGUGACGUGAUAUCAAAGUUGGAGGCAGCUGAGUAUAAACUUGAAGAACUGAAGUCAAACAUGGUGGGGUUAGGAAAGGAAGCGGUUUCAGCUAUGGCUGCUGUAGAGGGGCAGCAGCAAAGAUUGACAUUACAACGCCUCAUUGCAAUGGUUGAGGCGGAGAGAACUUAUCAUCAGAAAGUCCUGGAGAUCCUUGACCAUUUGGAAGAAGAAAUGGUGUCUGAGCGCCAAAAAAUCGAAGCACCUCCACCCCCUGCAGCAGAAAGUUAUAUGUCACCGCCGCCACCAUCAUAUGACGAAGUUAAUGGCAUGUUUGCCUCCACUUCUGCUGAUCAGGCAGUUAACUCUGUCGACUUCUUCCUGGGAGAGGCGCUCGAUUCCUUCGAGGCUGAGAGUGAGUUUGAGCUUAACUUAUCAGUUGGCGACAUCGUUAUCGUCCGGAAGUAUCAAGCAACGGUUGGGCGGAAGGUGAAUGCAAGGGGAAAGCAGGAUGGUUCCCACAUGCCUAUGUCGAAAGACGCGAGCGUGUUCUGGCGAGCAAAGUCCCGCAUAUUUUCUAGGGGUUUUGAGGAGGAACAUAGGUUAUAG